GAAGGCGUUCAAAUCUGCUUUUCGGAAACAUGAAAUCAAAAAGGCGUUGAAAUUACUGAAAUAAUAAUGCGACGUUAGUUCAAAUUGAAUCUCCUUUUUUCCCGGAUUUAUCUUUCAAAAUUCAAAAAAUUUCUGGUAACGUUUUACUAUAUAUCUACUAUGGAAGAAGUAGCUUUUCAGAAGGCCUUUGAAGCGUUCGGCAGGUUCGGAAACACAAAAUAUGAUGGGAAAAUUACGCUUAGUCAAAUAGACAAAUGGCUAAAACAAGCCGGAGUAAUCGGAUCCAAAAUAACUACGACAGAUACGGCCAUUACCUUCAACAAGUUUAAAAGCAAGAAUAUCGACUACAAAACAUUCGUGCAGUUUAUUAACACCCUCUGCCAGGAUAAGAGGCAAAACCCGGGAGAAAUUACUAAAAAAUUGAUAGCUGUGAUGCCAGGAACAACGAAUACCACAGUGGUUGGGUCGAGUGGAGUAGUGGAUAGACUUACGGACACAAGUAAAUACACAGGAAGCCACAAGGAAAGAUUCGAUGAAACAGGAAAGGGUCGUGGAAUCGAAGGUAGGGCAGAUGUUUCGGAAAACGAUGGAUAUGUCAGCGGCUAUAAGCAUAAAGGCACAUAUGGAAAGAAGGAGGAAUAGUGAAACUUUUAAAGAUGUCAAUCUGAAAUUUUGAAGUAAAACAUUGUUUAUUCAAUUUUACAAAUAAAACCACAUUUUAUGUAAAA